UUACUCCGCUCGAACUGUUUUUUGGUCUUGGGAAGGGCUCCUCUCAUCUGACUGAAGCCAGCAGUGUGUCAGACUGGGCAGUAGGAGUAUUUAUAUGAGGAAGAGUGACCAAGACUGGCUUCCUGUUUAGCAGCGAGAAGGUUUCUGUUUGUUUCUAACACCAGGAUGGAGCAUGCAUUGCUGUGUCAUGCCUGCUUCUUCUGCAGUGGCUCAUUUUUCCUUCCUGUGUGGAGAUUGUGGAGAUUUGGUACAUUUUUGAAUGUUCAUGUUCUGUACAUUUUAAUUUGAAUUAUGUGUUUCUGCUCCUCCGUGAGUUAACACUGUUUCUGGAGGAAAUGCUGUACUUGUUGUUAUGAGCUUGUUGACUUUAAAGUUGAAAUUGAUUUGGCAGAAUUGCUUAUUGAGCAGUGUCUUUUAAGAAACACGUGUUGUGUGAAUGUUACCACACUUCUCUUUCUUUUGCAGCCGUGUGGUUUUACCCUGUAGUGUUGAGGAGUAUCAAGUGGGGCAGCUGUUCUCAGUGGCUGAAGCAAGUAAAAAUGAGACGGGUGGUGGUGAGGGCAUUGAGGUACUCAAAAAUGAGCCCUACGAAAAAGACGGCGAGAAAGGACAGUACACACACAAAAUCUACCNNUUUUACAGUAAAGUCCCAGGGUUUGUCAAGCUCUUAGCUCCUGAAGGUGCCCUUGUAUUCCAUGAAAAAGCCUGGAACGCCUACCCCUACUGCAGAACCAUUGUGACGAAUGAGUAUAUGAAAGACAAUUUCUUCAUUAAGAUUGAGACAUGGCACAAACCAGACCUUGGGACACAAGAAAAUGUGCACAAACUAGACAAUUCCACAUGGCAGAAUGUAUCUGUUGUGCCCAUUGACAUUGCAGACAGAAGUCAAGUGUCUGCUGCUGUAAGUAGAAACUCUUCUGGCACACUUCCAGUACAAGAUGAAAACAGUUUGGCGCCUUCAUGUGGUCAUGUGUGAUCAUUACCAAGCUAUCCGCCAACCCC